GACUUAAAGAAGUGAAUGCUUACAUUUUGUAUAGAGUGUUGUGUCAUAUUUUUUGCAUAUAUACCAACAAAAUACAUUCGCUACUGUGUGUUUAAUAUAUAAAAAUUCAUAUUGUAAAUUUGGAGUUCGUUUUGUGGCUUCAGAAUUCGUUUUCCCACACCAGUAUUCCUGUUUAUAUUUCUUAAGCAUAUUCAGGAAAUUUGUAAAAUCCGAAAACAACACAGAAAAUUUAAAAAGUUAAUCGGCGAUACCUGUAACUGAAAAUCACAGUUAAUUAGUAUGAAUAUAUGAAGGAUUAACAUUUUUUAACAAAUAUCCUCAUAUAACUGUUCGUUUAAAAUUAAAAAUAACGAUCUCACUUUUUUCCUUCCUUGUCAUGACAGAACAAUGUCAGUGAUAUCCUUCCUUAUAAAGCAGAUAUUUAGUUUGUUUUGCAUAGAAAAAAAUACGCUCAACUUAUCUUUAUAGAAAAACAGAAUUUCAAAGUAUAUAUAUUCAUCCCAAUAUGUCAUCGGAAGACGUGGCAAGGUUGCUUGAAAAGCAGAAAGCAACUUCGCUGCAACGGUUUUGGAAAAAGGAAGACAUUGUAAAUAAUGUUCCACAAGAAAAGAAAAUAUAUGAAAAUUCUUUCGAUGAUAGCAAAAGGACCGAUGAUUGUUUUUCUGAAAACUUCUGUAUGCAAGGUGUAAGGAAUGUCAACGUAAAAAGACCGGGGCCAAUUGGGAUUCACACAAAAAGAGGAGAUAUGGAUAAGACAAAAUCAGAAAUAAAAUUUUUCGACAACAUUGAUAACCGGAAUAUUUGGGAGCACCCUUCAGAGGAGAGUAAGGAUUUUGAUGAAGAAUUUUCCACAAAAUCAAUCAUUGGAAAGCCCUCAGAAGUAAGAAAUCAUAGAGAACUAAACGGGCACAACAAAAACCUAGAUACCCAACGACUAUGUAAAAGUGAAGAAGAAAUAAAAGACGAAGACAGUUUAUUGGUGUCGAAUAGCAUCUCAUCUGAGUUAGAUUCAAUCCAAACCAAAUCACAGAACGGUGAGGAUAAACAAGAGGCCUCCGAUGGACAAACUAUGAACAAAGAGACAGAGGCCAUAGCUUCGUCAGGUAACAAGGAGUUAUUCGAAAUAGAUGAAACAGACUAUUAUGACAGCGAAGAUGAGUACUGGGACACGCACCCUUCCGAUGAAUCUUUCCUCGACUAUCUCGAUGACUAUCAAACAUUACCAGUUCAAGACUCACAUAAAGGAAGAUUUAGUAAAGGACUGGAACAAUUAGCAAACCUCCCAGUGUUUCGACGAUCCAUACAUAAAUUUGCGUUUGAUAACAAUUUUGAAGUACAUGAUGUCAAGCCAGACGGAAAUUGUAUGUUUCGUGCACUCUCAGAUCAAUUUUUGAUCAAUGGUUUUCCAGGACACACGGAAAUUUCAUUAAGGACGGAUGCAAUAAAUUAUCUGAGAUCACACUCAUCAGAAGAAGGGGGUGCCCACGCAUCGUCCUUUUUAUCCGAAGAGUCGUGGGAAGAUUAUCUUGUCAGAAUGGAGAGAUCGGGAGAGUGGGGUGAUCACAUCAUGCUGCAGGCUCUGGUUAAUGUCUUCUUUCUAGAGGUCGUUGUAUUCAACGUCUUCCAGGAAGAUAUUAGAAGAACCGAAGUGAUUGCAGAAUCAAAGGAACGAGUCAGCUAUAGACUUACAAUAUACUUGGGUCAUCUUGGGGAGUUUCAUUACAUGAGUCUACGUCCAAAAAACUGGCUACACCAUUGGCCAUACAGGGCGCUACUUGGCCGAUUGUUAGUAUGUUCCACAAACGAGACACUGGAAGCUCGUGAAAAAGUCCUUCAAGAAAAACUGUCCACAAUGCACCCUGGCAAAUACAUUCCACAAAGCGAACUUGAAAAAAUCGCAGGUUUUGUUUCACAUCAUUUCAUGAAACAACAAAGUGCUACACAUCAGAUCGUCGUGGAUGACCAGUUUCCCCAUUCUGAACCUUUCAACACAUACAGUGGACAAGACCUCCAGCUAAAUGAAACAGAAGUAUUUAUUUUUCUUAGACUCACUGCAAUGUUUGAUUGAAGACCCACUACAAACAGAUCCAAUUUCGGGAAUCCCCC